AUGGCUGACAACGCCAAUAAUGGCAACAAUGACCGUAGCCUGAGGGAUUAUUUGCUUCCUAACUUGAUAGGGGCUAGAUCUUGUAUAAGACCACCUCCCAUCGAUGCCAACAAUUUUGAAAUCAAUCCAGCCAUACUGCAGAUGGUCCAAUCUUCAGUCCAGUUUGGGGGACUGCCAUCAGAAGACCCAAACAUGCACCUCGCCAACUUCGAAGAGCUGUGUCAGACAUUCAAGGUGAAUGGAGUUAGCGAUGACGCCAUUAGGUUAAGGUUGUUCCCAUUCUCACUAAGGGAGCGAGCCAAAAGUUGGUUAGUUUCUUUACCAACUCACUCAAUCAACACUUGGGAGGAAUUGGCCCUGAAAUUCCUGUCCAAAUUCUUUCCUCCUGCGAAGAUUGCCAAGCUGAGAGCUGACAUCAACAACUUCACCCAACAUGACGACGAAUCUCUUUAUGAAGCCUGGGAGAGAUUCAAGGACUUAUUGAGGAAGUGCCCAAACCAUGGGAUUGAAAAGUGGUUACAAGUGCAUAACUUCUAUACUGGAUUACUGAACAACACCCGAACACUGAUAGAUGCUGCCGCUGGUGGAGCUUUCAUGAGGAAAAGUGCUAAUGAGGCCUUUGAAUUACUUGAAGAAAUGGCCAUAACUAAUCAACAAUGGUCAACAGAGAAAGGCCCAACUAAAAAGGUUGCAGGUAUGCAAGAAGUUGAUGCAAUAACCAAGUUGACAGCCCAGGUGGAGGCAUUAACAAAGUUGGUGACUGCACAAGCCAAACAAGCUCAAGUUGUCUGCAAGUUGUGUGGAGGACCUCAUACUACUAACACCUGCCCUAUAGAUGUUGACAGUUUGCCAAUGGAGCAAGCCCACGCCAUUGGAAACUAUCAGAAUAAUUAUGGUCGUCAGCAGAACUUCCAGAAGCAGUUUCCUAAUCAGCAACAACAAGGGUUUUAUCCUCAGCAAAGCCAACAUCAACAACAACAGGACUCUAGUGUAGGGUCUAAUCCUCAAUUAGACAUGUUGCUACAAUUCAUGACAGAGAUUAAGUCAUCCAUUAAGGUCUUGGAAAACAAAGUGGAGCAGUUGGCUUCUCAAAACACUAACAGGACUCAAGGUAACUUGCCUAGCACUACUGAAGUCAAUCCAAAGGAGAAUUGUAAUGCAAUUACCUUGAGAAGUGGUAAGACCUAUGAUGGGCCAAACAAAAACAAGCCAAAGGAGGAAGAUGAUGUAGAGACAACACCUACACCAGAGAAAGAGAAGACUACUGAUGGGCUUCCACAAAAAGAAACACCACCUCCAAUCAGCAUUGACCAUCACAUCAAAAUUCCUUAUCCUCAAAGACUUCACAAGAACAAGAUGGAUAAGCAGUUUUUGAAAUUCCUAGAAAUAUUCAAGAAACUGCAUAUCAACAUCCCAUUCAUAGAGGCUUUGGAACAGAUGCCAACUUAUCUGAAGUUCAUGAAAGAUAUCCUAUCUAAGAAAAGAAAGUUGGAAGAAUUUGAGAUGGUGGCACUCACUGAAGAGUGCACUGCGGUCCUGCAAAAGAAACUACCACCCAAGCUAAAAGAUCCGGAUGAGAAUAUUCCUAUCAUCUUUGGAAGACCAUUCCUAGCAACGGGAAGAGCAUUAAUUGAUGUACAGAAGGGGGAGUUAAAGUUGCGUGUUCAAAAAGAAGAAGAGACUUUCAAGGUAUUUGCCGCAACUGAAAUUCCUACUUGUUGUCGAGUGGAAGUUGUAAAGGAUGAUCGAGAAGUAACUACCAACAAGAAGAAAGGAAAGUCUAAAGAACGCUUUCGAACUUUUCGACGACGUAUGAAAAGACUAUUGUGUGAGAAUUAUGAAGGUGACUCUCAAUCUAAGGAAAGCUUUAAAAAUUGCAACAUUGGAGGUCAGUUUUCUUCGUUUGGCACAAAGGCCCUCAUGGAUGCGAGAGGUGGAUUCUACCCGCCACCACCACCGCCGCCAUACUGA